CAUACUGUAGAUAUCGUCAAUUCCUCAUCACCGCCUUCAUACUGUCAUCAUCAUCGUCGCUGUCACUAUAGAAAGAAGAGUGUGCAAAUUGGGCGUAAUUGAUUGUUGCCGCCGUACUCUGAUGACCGACUGAUAUAUCUAUACCUACACCAACGACCACGCCGCCUUUGUUCUCAAUCCCUCAUACCGAGAGCCUCAUUCAUUUCCUCAUAUACCAUAUACCAUAUAGACGGCCAUCUACCACCACUACCACUACCUCCUACUACACACGCCGCACACACGCACAUCUCCACCACCACCACUAGCAAACUCACCUCAUCCACCUCCACCCACCUACCACCGACAUACGUGCCACUACAUCCCACGUCCGCCCCCUCGUCCACCUUCCACUACAUAACCUGCCGCAUCCACGCAUCCACCGCACCAACAAGGUUACCUACAUACCUGCAUCCAUCCAUCAGCCCGCCUACCCCUACCUCCACGCACAACCCACAACGUGCCCCGGUGGAGAAACCAAGACAAGACAAACCAGACGACCCGCCGUCGCCGUCCCAGCUGUGCUACCCGGCGGUCUGUCGCGCGUGUAUAAGACAUAAGCUUGCCCAGCCGGCUGCAGGAGUUCUUGUUUCUGCUGAUCAGUGUCAUCAUCGGGAGAGCGCUGUCAUCGAGAGAUUUGUCUGUUUGGAAAAGCUUGAUCGAGGUUGAUUGAUCGAGGAAGAGAAAGAAGAGAGAAAGAAAGAAAGAAAGAAAGUAGAGAAGAUAUACACAUACAUAUCUCUCACAAGGAUUCGACACUCACCUUCUUUCAUCUAUCACUCACUACCAUCAAUCAUCACACAACACCUCCUCCAUCACCGCAUACCUCCACCCACAAUGUCUGACCUCGAACCACUCCCGCAAUGCGGCAGCGGAAACGACUAUGACGGCCGCAUCGGCCUGCGCAUCUCCUCCAUCUUCGUCAUCGGCUUUGGGUCAAUGCUUGGUGCUCUCUUCCCUGUCAUCGCCUCACGCUCAAAGCGUAUGCGCGUUCCCAAAUCGGCCUUCUUCGUCGCUAAAUACUUCGGUUCGGGUGUCAUCAUCGCCACAGCAUUCAUUCACCUCCUCGCCCCCGCCCACGAAGCCCUCACCAACGAAUGCCUCACCGGCCCCAUCACCGAGUACUCCUGGGUCGAAGGCAUAGUCCUCAUGACCAUCUUCGCCAUGUUCUUCAUCGAGCUAAUGGCCAUGCGCUUCGACUUCUUCGGCGUCAACAAGCCCGGAGCCCACUCCCACGCCCACGACCCCGAAUGCGCCCGCCCUCCUCCCAUCCCCAUCACCGCUGUCGCCACUCACACUUCUGACCUCAAGUCACCCACACCCGACGUCAUCGUUCCCGCCGCUGUCCAGCCUGCACUCGAUUCUUCAUCUUCGUCUCAAACAUCGCACAAACACGACGACACACACCACCACGACGACCCCCACGCCGACUGUCCCCCCUCCCCAACCCGCUCGCAAGAAUUCUCCUACCCCCCCGGCGGCACCGACCACCUCUCCCACGGGCACCACCACUCCUCCUCCGAGCACCUCGCCGCGCAGCUGACCUCAAUCUUCAUCCUCGAAUUCGGCGUCAUCUUCCACUCCAUCUUCAUCGGACUCACCCUCGCCGUCGCGGGCGAAGAAUUCGUAGUCCUCUACAUCGUCCUCGUCUUCCACCAAACCUUCGAAGGACUCGGUCUCGGUUCCCGCCUCGCUACCACCCCCUGGCCCGCGGACAGAGAAUGGCUCCCCUGGAUUCUCGGUGCGCUCUACGGUAUCUCCACUCCCCUCGCCAUCGCUGUCGGGCUGGGUGUCAGAGAAAGCCUUAGCACGGAUGGUCGCGCGAUGCUCCUCGUGAAUGGGGUGUUUGAUUCGAUUUCAGCGGGUAUCCUGAUUUACACGGGGUUGGUGGAGUUGAUGGCUCACGAAUUCAUGUUUAACCAGGAGAUGCGACGGAGUAGCGUCAAGGUCGUCCUGGCGGCGUUUGGAUGCAUGGUCCUUGGUGCGGGUCUGAUGGCGGUGUUGGGGAAGUGGGCGUAGAGAGAACAUACCCCCCCCAACCCAGACUGUCUGGCCUUUCUGCACUUUUCUGCAUGUCCUGCGUUUAUAUGCGUUCUUGUCGCGCCUUUAUACUGAGGCUGACGGCUUUUGUGUUUUUUUGUGCCUUUUUUUUAAUGGGUUGUUUGUUUGUUAGGCGUUCGGCUGGGGGAAUUUGAUGGCGUUGGAAGAGAUGGAUGGAUGGACGGAUGGCGAGGAUAGUGGUGGUGUGUGGGGUUGUAUAUAGAACGUAGAAAAACA